UGCUAUUGACGUUCCAUGUGGGGCGUUUCUUGUUGUAACUUCAGUCUGCAGCUCGAGCUUCGCCCCCUAACCUCAUUGCUGACCAGCACAGCGCUCAAACAUCAAAGGGGACUCGUUUAUUCUUCAGAGGCACCGUCGUUUUGUGACCAUGAUCUGAUGCCUAGUGAUCUCAAUAUGGAGUUGUACUGGUACAUAGUGGUCAUCAUAUUCAUCGUCAUCAAGAUCUUCUUCUAUGUGUGCUGGUACCGCUCGCGUCAGAGACAACUGGCCGCGUACCUCAACAACCCUCGUAAUUCGCAGAUAGUUAUCGUGGGAGGGAGGGCCUACCUGCAUCAGAUGUGUGAGAGACAGAAUACGUCUAUCUGGCCCAGUUGGUAUGGGGUUCAGGAUGAGGGAUCAAUGGGCGAGUCUUCUGCCUCACUCCCCCCGGCAGCAGUAUCCUUCUCUCACCUGGACAUGCCACCACCAUACCAAGCUGUCUCCGGAGCGGAUGACCUGAAGCCUCCUCCGUACAGCGAGGUUGCCCAGAGCGACGACGUCGACGCAUCUCGCCUUGCCCCCCUCCCCAUUCUCCCUCCCCCUCUCUUUGAGGGUGAAGACUCUGCCAGCAUCAUAAGCGAGGCCCCGCCUCCAUACACCCCCAGCCCCAGCCGGCAUGAGCGUCCUGUCAACCCCAGCCAAUCACAUUCAGAGGACCGACCCAACUAGACCAACUGAACCCUGAUGCAGACUGACUCUUUACCUCCUUUCCAAGUGCUGCCUUCUAACCUCAGCGAUCCCUGCCAGCUAUGCUCUCACUAAACCGAGAGGGCAGACUAUGUUUUCUAGUUUUUAAAAAGGUUUGUUUUCUAUUUUCUACUGUCUGAAAGUGAUUUAUUGUGAUCAUGGAUAUGAUAAAUGAAUAAAAUAUAAUGUGGUGGAGUUGAUGGGAGUUUGACUCUGCUAUACCACUGCUCCUCUCUGGAACACCCCACUGCCUCAUGGGAAGGAGAGAUGUACACAGCCGCCAGCAACGGAGAGGAGAAAUGUCUCAAUAAUAUCUGAUAUCCAAUGAGUCCAUAAUGGCCUUUAGUGCUGCGUCCUCCAGCCCAGUGCUCCCUAUCAGAGGUGUGUAUCCGCGGCCCUCUCAGAACCAACUCAAACACUGUUCUACAGAUCUUUAAAACGUCCAACAGAGUUUUCCUUGGCGAGUUAGAGAGGGGUGUCAAUUAAUUUCCAAGUUAUCUACUGAAAAGAAUGUUGGAAAUAAACUACUUGAUCAUAAUGUUUAUACUACAAUCGUGAUAAUGAGUAGUGUCUACAGUCCAUCGUAGUGUCGUCAUCUCGUCACUAUCUGGCUUGGUUACGACAUUUGAUUUGAUUUUGAACCUAAACCUGUAGAAUGAUGUCCUUUUCUGUUAUUGUCUCACCCCGUCGGCUAGGAGUUUUUCCUCAACCAAAACUUCCGGACCUUAAAGCCUAUAACUAGGGUCCAUAGGGCUUUUCCUGAUCAGGUCAUGUACUCGGGAGAGACUCUUAAGGCCUAGUCCACUCCGGUCGCUGAAUAUGGGAGAUGUAAUGCGAUUUACCAUAACCCCCAUUGGAGCGUAUAGACUAUAGUUAUGUCCCAAUCACAUCUCCUUUCUCCCUAAGGGUGCAUUUUGUUCUCUUCACUGAUUUGAAAGGAAAUGACUAGUUUUUAGAUGGAAACUCCCUCUAGCUCAUGCCUCAACCAAUCCAAUGCUUUAUGAGAAAGAGUGAAUUAUUCAGGAGAAAUUAGAUAUUGGGACGCACCCUAAGUAUCCCAGGAGGAGAUACGGUGGUCUACGAUGACUCCUCGCCAGAGCUAAGGGGCUUCACGGUGACCCCACAAACAAUAAUAAUGGUGUAUGUGUGGUGUGAAGUACUAUGGGAAAGUUUACCGAUGAGACCCAUUUGAAAGACGUCCAUAAGCGUUGAAUGGUUGGCGACGAGUGUAAGAUGACUUUACAUGUUAUUGUUACAUGAUUGUCCUUAGUUUUGUGAUAACCUCUCGGUGUCUGUCCUUUCCAGUUUCCUAACCUCGCCUCAUUGGCCUUUACACUAUACAGUUGUUGGUAUUGAGUUACUUCAUUCAACAUCUCUGCACAAUAGUUGGAACCAAAUAAAGACCAACUCCUUGAUUUACACACUUCGUAAUAUAGCAGGUUUCUGUCCGUUUAACCAGCUAGGUUAUUUAAAUAGUUUUUGUUUUCAUGUUCAUUCCUGUGGUUUAAGUGCUUGUCAAACCAUCCCAAACAGGUGUGCGUUUAUGGGGUUUGAUUCUGCAUUUUAGAGACUUGAUUUUAUUGUUGGGAAUUUUGGGGAGUAAUUAAUUGUACAUUAAACAUAUGUUCAUA